GCAGCUCGUUGGCCUUGGAAACAUGGCGUCGCUCUGACAGCUUGGUGACUCUCAUUAUCUUCCCCAGGCACUGACACGGCGGCUGGGCCGCCAGCGGAGCUGCCUGCAACCGGGCCCUAACUGUGAAAUGAGAUUACUACGGAUCCAGUCUGCGUCCUCAAAAGACUGUCGCUCAACCGGCGCGACGCAAUAAGAGACUUAGUCCGGGUGUCACGCCCACCCUGCUCGGUUCUAGCGAUACGGUGAGUUAGCCCCGCUACGGCUAGCCGAGCCAGACGGCUAGCAGCCGCUGUUAGCGCCACGGGAGCCCCCAUGUAAUGUGAAGAAGGACCUGCCUCCGCUGGCCGCUCGCUGCUCCCGUGUCGCCCGUGAGACAGAUCGGUCCGUCAGCCGACACCACGGACAGUUCACACCGCGGCAGUUACGGCGGUUCUGUUAUUGUAGCUCGCUAGCAAACCGUAGCUAGGGCGUUUCUGUCAUUCUGUCACUAAAUUUUAAUGUUCGCCCCCUUUGGCAUCCCUGUCGGAGGAGAGAGCGAUGGGCUCCGGGGCUGUGGAUUCGUCCCAGUGGCUUUCGGUAAAGGAGGAGACCAUUUUCCUCCACGACGGGCUCAUUCGGGUCACAGAUCUGGCCGAACUGCCCAGUGAAAUCGGAGUAUCGGAGCAUGGGGACACCGAGCAAGAGAUUCUAACGUUUGAGACGAAGAACCCGGUAGAACUUGCUGAGCGUCUGCGAGCUGUUUGUGGAAAUCAGAGCAAUGCAUACGCCCGCCUGCUGGAGUACCGGCUCAACGCCCUGCGAGGGCUGUGGGGAGCCCAGCGGCAGCUGGCCCUGGAGGAGCAGCAGGAGCGGGAAGGGACCGGAGGGGCCGACGAGGAGACCCUGGCCCUGCUCAAAAGACAAGGCCUGCUCCAGCAGCCCGAGCAGGCGCCCUUCACGUCCCGCGUCGGCCUGCUGCUGGUCUUCCCCCUGCUGCAGUCGCAGACUCGCAGUGACCCGGCGCUCUGCGGGGUCACGGCGGAGGUGCUGCUCGCUUGCCUCCGGGACUGCCAGCCGCUCAGUCUCAGCAAAGAGCCCGCUGACUGCCUCAACGGUCUGGAGGGACUGCUCUGCUCCUGGCUGGAAGACGGCGCCCAGGAGUCCGGCCAGCCGCAAGGACAGGCCCAGUCACAGAUCCUGCACACACACAGACAGAGGGAAAACGCUGCCGCUGCACUUGUAGCUCUCGCCUGUGCCAGGGGAUCUCUGAAAACUUUCAUCCACACAGUUCACCUGCUGCAGAAACAGACUGACCUGGGCCAGCUUCCUGUGUCGGAUGUCCUGUACAGGCUUUUGCUCCUGGAAGGUGGCCCAGGCUCUCCAUCCUGCCUCCUCGGAGGCAAACACAGUGUGUCCUGGGGUUUUGAGGACAUGUUGCCCACACCUGAUAAUUCUGCCGGAGGAGCAGAGAGUAAAGACACUGACCUGGGGCGCUGUCUAGCCACGGAUGGUCUAUAUCUGUACACCACUAACUCCUCUGGGAGAGGACUCAGCAAGCUGGGCUCUGGUUUACAUGGGACUCUGAGAGGUUUUGUGUAUUGUCGAAAUGAAGAGCUGGAGCCUGGCUGGGUAGUGUUUAGCAGUGGUCGCCUCCUCCACCGUCCCUCCUCUUUUGAUGCCAAGCCUCAUCAGCUGUGCCAGGUCAUAGACCCCUUCACCCUCCAGGUGUGCCAGAUUGUGCCCAUGCCAGCCCAUCAUUUCCCUGUGGGCAGCAGCAUGACCACGCUGCACCUCUGCUCAGAUGGAACCUAUUUGUAUUGGGUCUGGUCUCCAGCCAGUCUCAAUGAGAAAACACAAAAAGGUCACUCUGUUUUCAUGGAUGUCUUUCAACUGUCGACACAGACAGGUUUGUGCAUUGCAGACAUCUUGCAGGAGAGGGUUAUACUCACUCGCAAAGAAGGCGAGUCUUCCAAGUGCUUGAAUGAACUUCUCUUGAGUCGAAUGUCUCGCUUCCGGGCCUCCCAUUCUGCCACAUUGGCUGCUCUUACAGGCUCUGCAAUCACCAACACGGUCAAAGAGGAGCAGACUGCUGUCAACACCAGCUGUGGUCUCCCUCUAAAAACCCUGAGAAAGACCCCGAUGUAUGUAUGCGGAACCUAUCUAGUGAUGCUGGUCUCGCCUCCCGGUGUAUCUGGGAGUUCUGCCACACGCUCCCUGUUUGGAGGUACUAGCAGCCUGUCCUCGCUGAAAAUUUUAGCCUCAAGCUUGGUCUUUAACCUGGCCGAUGGACAGUUCAGCAGCCGAGCGGACCUCAUUGAUGCUCCUGGCAGCUCUCUUGGCAGGGGCGCCCAGGUGGCAGGGCUAGGAGCAUGUUAUGAUGCACUGAACAACUUGAUAUGGACGUGCUCCAGUGACUACAUCGAUCAGUGGUGCAACCCCGGCAAUCAGGCUUUUCAUCAUGUUUGCCAUCGGCUCGGCGUCAGCCAUGUCAUCAAAGAACCCAAAGAGGAAACGGUGGCCACUGGAGAGGUGAUCAACCAGCUACUUCAUCAUGUAGGUGCUAUGUGUAUCCACCAGCUCAACCUGCUGGCCGCGAGCAGCAACAGUUUGCCUCUCGGAGCCCUGUUGGGUAAACAGCAUCCCAUCGAGGCUCGCCACUUCAGCAGCAUCUGCGACAUCAUGGAGAAGGCCAUGGUCAAUGGAGAUACCUGCAUCAUCCGCUGCAUCCUGGUGGUGUUCCAGGUUGUUUUUAGGUUUUUCAAUCCUCAGUCGGAGCAGAACAGGGAGAGUGUGCGUCGCUCAGGUUUGCUUCUGUGGCAGCUACUGAUGGCUCCAGUGGAUCAGAUCGGUUCAGAGAUUCAAAGAGAAGUGUGCCUGGCCAUUAGCUCAGGCUUGAAUACUUUAUACCAAGGAGAGGCUGAACUCAACAAACUGCUGAAAUUGGUUCUGACCGAAGGUGAGAGAAACAGCGGCCUGUCUCAACUCCGAGAUGUCAUCCUAACCAACCUGGCAGACCAACUGCAGAAGAACCGAUUUGGGAGUGAGGAGGAUGAUCACUACAGACUCAGUGAUGAACUGCUGCAUUGCAUCCUCAAAACCGUGGUCCGGGAAUCCUGCUUACUCAUCACCAAAUGUCAGACUGUUGCCCGAGAUGACUUUCAGAAGCUGCUCUCCACUGUGCCAGUGGUCUCACCUAGUCUCCGCUACCUCAUGGCCGUUCAAAACCAUCUCCUGAGCAACACCAUACUUAUUCGUCCAGAUGAUAGUGACGACAGUGAUAGCUCCCUACAAGGGGAAACAAUGAAGGUACAGGAACUGCAAACCAGCAUCCUUUCCCUAGCAACUAAAAUCCUGGUGGGAUGUGAUGAGGUGCUGGAGACCCUGCAGCAGGUGACCACAGCUCUGAUCAACAGCGACAUAACCGACAGAGAAACCAGAUUGAAAGGUUUGGAGCAGGUUACCAAGGCCACGAUGCUCGGGCACCUGCUGCCGGUGUUGCUCACAUCUCUAAUGCAUCCCAACCUGCAAACACUGACCCUGGCAGAUGCACUCAUGCCCCAGCUGGUACAACUGGUUCUCUACACUAGCCAGACUGCGCUCUUGUUAAAGACACAGUCUCCACUCUUCACUGAAGAAUCUCUGCCUAUGGGUGCUGCACUGGGGCAGGGACCGAAAGCAUGCACUGCUGAUGACAAAAUUCUGGAUGAACGUGAGGAGCCGGGUUUCCUGACAGGUCUGAAGAUCCCUGCCCCCUGGGCUGCUGGGAAAACGGUGGAGACGGUGCACCCUGUGAGGGACAAUUACAAGUUCAAAGAGACGGUACACAUCCCGGGAGCCCGCUGCCUGUACCUCCGCUUUGAUACUCGCUGCUCCUCACAGUACGACUAUGACAAGUUGGUUAUCUACGCCGGUCCCAACACUAACAGUCGUAAAGUAACAGAGUACGGGGGCAACACUCUGGGGUAUGGAAGCCGCAGUGUCUUAGGUACUGGAUGGCCUAAAGACCUGGUCAAGGUUGAGGGAGACACUGUCACAUUUUCUUUUGAGAUGCGAAGUGGACGUGAGCACAACACUCCAGAUAAAGCCAUGUGGGGCUUUUCCUGCACGGUCAGAGCUCAGGAGUCCUCCGAGGAUGUCUCUGGAGGCCUCCCCUUCCUGGCAGACCUUGCCCUGGGUCUGUCAGUGCUGGCCUGCUCAAUGCUCCGCAUUCUGUAUAAUGGGCCGGAGGUGACAAGAGAAGAAGAAGCAUGCCAUGAUUUGCUGUGCUCGAAGCUUCUGCAAAGGUGUCAGUGGCAGGUGGAAGCAAACGGGGCUAUUUCUCCUGCCCUCACCCCAAGCCCUUCACCUCUGCCUCUCACUAUCGAGGAGGAUCGGGAGUUCACCUACCCCUCUGACGUGCUCAUCCCGCCACAAGGCCUCAUGCCGGGGUCCUACUUUGACUUGCCUCGUAUCCGCCUUCCUCCAGGAAUCAUGGGCCGGCUACGAGAAGUGUCUGGAAGGGCCCGACCACAGUUCCGUCCCAGCAUCAAGGAAGUGAUCAGGCCUGAUGUUAUGGAAGAGGUCAUAGUGUCUUGCGUGAUAAAGCAUUUGAGCCUGGUGGAUGCCCUUCAGUCUCUUGUGAACUACCAGUACCGUGAGGAUCAUGCAGAGGAGUAUGACCUUGUCUGUAAGAUCAUGGCUGAGACCUUUAAGAAGAUCAAUGCAAUGGAACGCCAGCUUCAGAGUGUAGCAGAACUGGAACAAAAGUGGCAGAAUGAGGUAGAAGAGGCACAGCAAGGAAAACUGGAGAACAACACUCCCUUCUUUCAUGACUAUCACUUCUUUGAGAACAAAAUGAAGGAGCUGGAGUUACUCUGCUCCCUGAAGGAAGUCCCGCUGGAUUUUACCGACUUGGAAAAUGUCGUCCUGGCACUGAGGGAGAAGUUCUUUCAGGACGUGAACAUCACGCACAUGAAAAGCAGCAUCCCGCUCAGCAAAACCAAAACGCUGGUGAAAAGUCUGAUGAAUCGCACGGAGCUGCUGCUCCACGUCACCAUCGCCCCACACUGCAGGAGCCUGACCACGACGCCUGCAGGCACACCAGGCCCAGCCUCAGCCAAGUCCGUGUCAGAUGCCAAGACGGUGAUCCCCAUGGUGAAGCAGCCAGUCUUCUUGCGCAGCAUGUCUGCGCCUUCUGACUUAGAGAUGAUUGCAAACCAAGACCUGGAGUUCACACAUGCUCCCCAAAGGAGGCGGCAUCAUCCUACGAGUCACCGCAGUAGCUCAUUCACUCUCCUGCAGUCUCUGGCCAUCGAGGACAGCAGAGACAAGCCAACAUACAGUGUGCUGCUGGGGCAGCUUUUUGCCUUUAUCGGGACUACCCCUGAUCAGGCUGUGUCGAGCAGCAGUUUCCUUUCUGCUGCGCAGACGCGUUGGAGACGAGGCAGCACUCGGAAACAGGCUCUGGUUCAUAUGAGGGAGCUGCUCACUGCUGCUGUCAGAGUGGGUGGGGUCACCCAUCUUGUGGGGCCUGUCACUAUGGUGCUUCAAGGCGGCCCAAGGAUUGAGGAGCUCACCUGUGGUGGAAUGGUGGAACAGGUGCAGGAGGCCUUCGGGGAGACCAUGACGUCUGUCGUGUCGCUCUGCUCUCGUUAUCCCAUUGCUUGUGCCAACAGUAUUGGCUUACUUUGCACAAUUCCCUACACCAGGAGUGAGGAGCAGUGCCUCGUCCGAAGUGGCCUGGUUCAGCUUAUGGACAGCCUGUGCAGUCUAAGUGGUCAGAGGGAAUGCAGCUCGAAUGAGAAGCAAACCAAAAAGCAGAAGGUAGCCACCAUGGCUUGGGCUGCCUUCCAGGUGCUCGCCAACAGAUGCAUCGAGUGGGAGAAAGUCGAAGGUGGCUCUACUGAUGCAGUUCAUUCAGGUCUGGCGCGGCAGGUGUCCAGCCUGCUGACCAAUCAUCUGGCCAGAGCGACAGAGUGCUGCGGGAACCAGGCAGCUGGCAACGAUGCUUUACAGGAUGUACUCAGCUUGCUCAAUGAUCUUUCCAGGAGCCACAUAGGAAAAGCUAUUCUGAGCCAGCCAGCUUGCGUCUCUAAGCUCUUGUCGCUGCUACUUGACCAGAGACCCUCUCCAAAGCUUGUGCUGAUCAUCCUGCAGCUGUGUCGAGCUGCCUUGCCUCUCAUGAGCGUGGAGGACUGUGGUAAUGUGGCCCUGCCCUCGUGGAGCUACUCCAUCAACACACUCGACGCUGAGCAGCAGGAUGCCAGUGACCCAGCCUCACGGAUCGCUGCGCUGCUGCUUGCUAAGCUGGCAGACUAUGUCGUGCCAGGUUGUCAGACUCUCCUUUCUCCCAGCUCGUCUGAGCCAGACACCAGUCUGUCCCGCGCCAGCUCCAAAGGAGCUCUCAAAAGUGAGGAUGUUGGGGAGGAAGGCGAGGCAGUCGAUGGCAAGCUGUCCAUUUUCAUCCACAAGCGGGAAGACCAGUCGUCCCAUGAGGUUCUGCAACCACUUCUCAGCAGUUCUGAGGGGCGUCCGUUUCGACUUGGCACGGGAGCAAACAUGGAGAAGGUGGUCAAGAUGGACAGAGACAUGACAAAGAGCGGAAGCUGCGAGGUGAUUACAGAAGAGGCAUCUGCUGCCUUGAGGAAAGCCAACAAGUGGGCCCAGUCUGGUCUGAUCGUGAGUGUUGGUCCACCUGUGGAGACUCUGGCCCAGGAGACGGCUGGAGGCAUUACCACCGGCGACAAGAAGAAAACGGCUCAGACUGCUGUAUGCCGAGACAGGAAUUCUGAGUUGGCCAGGUCAGACCCGGUUCGGCCAUUUAUCAGCGGCCACGUCGCCAACAGUAUGGCCGCCGAGGUUAUUGCUCUGCUGCACAGCCUGCUGACGGCUCCGGAGUCCAACACAGCCCAGAUCUGGACGAGCACUGCUGAAAAGGUGCUGUCUCGAGCUCUGAUGUUUAUCCCUCAGCUGGGAAAGUACGCUGAGAGUAUUCUGGAGAAUGGCAGCAGCAGUGGAAGAAAAUUGGCCAAACUGCAGGCUAUUGGCAGACAGGCUGUGGCUGCACUCUGUGCCCUGGGAGGUUUCAAAGAAACCAUUAAGAUUGGUUCUGAGGUCCAGGUGAUAGGUAAAGGCGUUCUGGGGAGCGUGGGCAUAGUUAUGUCCAUAAAUGAACAGGAGGGCAUUGCAACAGUCAAGUUUCCUUCUUGCGACUACAGAAAGGCUUGCAAAGCCUCAGACAUUCUGACAGUACCGAUAUCACGCCUCUGCACUCCAAGAUCCGAGGCUCUCCCACUCUACAAGCUCUCCAUCACGGAAAAGGUGGUUCAGGCAGUCCAGUCCAUGCUUUUGCCACAGGAGGGCAGUCUCUCCAUUCACACGUCGCUGCCUGCCACGGGAGAUGGCUCCAGCCCAGUAAUGGCUGCAGUUCGGCUGCUGGCUGAAAUCAGAACACGGGCGUGUUUGGUGAUGGCUCAGCUCCUGGAGGAUAGUUCCUUCUGUGAGGAGUUCAUUCAGCAGUGUCCUGCAGCUGUCGAAGUUCUCAACUUGGUUGCACAGGAAUGCAGUCCUGGAGAGCGUCUUGGCAUGGUUGAGGCUCAGUGUGAAAGAGUGAGGAUGCUGUACCGGGACUGUGCUCGGCCGCCACCUCCGCCACUGCAGACAGACAGACGGCAGCCGAAGGAGAUCACCUGGUGUCCGUCUCGAGUGUUCCCUCCAGUCCGCGCGUGCAUGUUCUCAUCUCGUCUGACGUCAGUCACCUUCUUGGCUGAUCCGAGUGCAGGAGGAGGUCUUCCCAGAGGCACUUUCAUCUAUGCCACCUCUCCUGUACCGAUUCAGGCGCCGUCUUUUUACUGGGAGAUAGAAAUCGUCUCCUAUGGAGACUCUGAGGAGGACAGUGGUCCGAUUGUGUCCUUUGGUUUCGCAACAGAAGCAGAGAAGAGAGACGGAGCCUGGACAAACCCCGUUGGCACUUGUCUGUUUCAUAACAAUGGCAGGGCGGUGCAUUAUAACGGCUCCAGUUUGCUACAGUGGAAAAGUGUUCGGCUGGAUGUGGCUCUCCUUCCUGGUGACGUGGCGGGAAUUGGCUGGGAGCGCUCUGAAGGCACUCCUCCGCCCCCGGGUCAGGCUCCUAAAGGCAGAGUUUACUUCACCUACUGCGGCCAGCGGCUCAGUCCCAUUCUCGAGGAUGUAGCUGGUGGAAUGUGGCCCCUGGUGCACAUCCAGAAAAAGAACUCAAAGAUUCGUGCCAACUUUGGGAACCGGCCUUUUGCAUACGCAGAGGGACAAGCACACAGAAAUGCUGCAGACUUGUGUGUGGACCUAGCCGAGGAAAUAAGUGCAAAUUUUGAAGCGCUCCCCUUUGCCAUGGCCUCAGACAGCGAUAAUGAUGCCGGGGCAAGUGUCACUUCAGACUCCGGCUCUCAUGGACCUCCUUGUCGGAUUGCAGCUGUUGCUGUUGCCCAGCAACAAUACAACAGCGACCUCUCGUGCCAUUACAAGGUGGAGUUGAGCUACGAGAACCUGGUCACCUCCGGGCCUGAUCCUCAUCCUCCACCCAUCGCAGACGAUGAGAGCGAUGACGAGGAUGAUGAUGACGUCCCAAGAGAGGAUCACUAUGCCCUCCUGGUGAAGGCCUGGGAGACCAAAGUGUUCCCAACAAUUCGAAGGCGGUUCCGUAAUGAGGCCGAGAGGAAAUCUGGCUUGGACCAAAUCAAAGGAGCUCUGCAGCUGGGAAUGGUCGACAUCGCCAGACAGACCGUGGAGUUCCUCUAUGAAGAGAACGGUGGGAUUCCUCGUGACCUCUACCUCCCCACGAUUGAGGACAUCAAGGACGAGGCCAACAAAUUCACGAUCGACAAAGUCCGCAAAGGCUUGACUGUGGUCAUUCGAUGUCCUGACAGCAACAAUACAAACAGCACCACAGGCGGGACCGCCCUGCCCAAGUUUGCUAUCCGGGGCAUGUUGAAGACCUUUGGUCUGUAUGGUGUGGUGCUAGAUGUGGACUCUGUGAAUGAACUGGUGCAGGUGGAGACAUACCUGCGCAGUGAGGGGGUUCUGGUGAGGUACUGGUACCCUAUCGAGAUGCUGGAACGUCCGCCCGCCGGGUCUCGACGCACCGCGGCCAACGGCCUGGUCUCACUGGACAGCAGCAACAUUCAGAUUCACAGGGAGCUCCUUCGCUGUGAGAGUGCGCUGGCUCGAUUGUACUGUCGCAUGGCCUUGCUCAACAUCUUCGCCCCCAAGAGUCCCCACACCUUCACGCGUCUCUUCCACAUCCCUGCUAUCCGUGACAUUACCUUGGAACACCUGCAGCUUCUCUCCAAUCAGCUGCUGGCCCCGCCCCUUCCCGAUGGCACUAUUAGUUCUAGUUCCAUUCUGUUGGCUCAGUCGGUGCUUCACAAUCUGGAGGGCCAGAGCUGCUCCCCCACAGACCUGUUUUACCAAGGCAAUGCUCAGCCCAUCCGGGAAUGGCUGACAGUGGCCAUCACUCGUGCCUUGCAUCAAGGAGAGGAAAGCUUGCUGGAGCUUACAAAGCAGAUCUGCUGCUUCCUUCAGAAUGCGCCAGAGCAGUUCACGUCCGAGGAGUUCCCCGUCACAGAGUCAAAGGUCAGCAUGGACGUCAGUUUCCCAGGUGCUGCGUUUGUCAUCGUGUCCUGCAAAGAGAGCCAGCUCGGCUGCCGGAAAGACUCCAGUCUGUACAAGGCGCCCUGGGCUCGAGUCAUGGUGUAUGGGCUGGGCCACAAGGUGCGGAGAAACGGCCAGCUCAAUCUGAUGGAGGCUGUGUGUUUCCCUUUGGAUGCCUCACCUACCAACACAGGCCUUACUCCCCCUCCAACGACCAACCAGUACCCCUCCGUCAUCAUCCCGACGGAUAAAGUUCACAUUAAACUAGGGGUAUCGCCCCCUCCUGGUGCUGUGCUGGUGCUGCACUCCCUCCCACUGGAGUUUCCUCUGGCCAUGGCGUUCGCUGAGCAGCUGUUGACGUGGAAGCUGGGAGAGAGCAGUGAGCGGUCGGAGGAGGAGUUGGACACGGUGCCCUCGUCGGUGCUGCUGCAGGUGGUCGAGCUCCUAGGUGGUUUGCUGUGGACCACUGACCUGGCUCCCUCCAUCAAGGAACUCAUCUUUCACUUGUUAGCUGAGCUGUUGAGAAAGAUCCACCACUUAGAGCAACGCAAGAGCCCUGCUGGCCUUUCCAGUUCAAUCGCUCUGCUGCUUAACCCCUGCCUGGCAGUGCUCAUGGCGCUGCAGACGGAACUGCGCAAACUCUACGACCGCGAGACUCAGGGAUGGUCUGCUGGAGGCGCCGGGGCAGGGGGGUCCUCGUCUGGAGGGAUCGCGCUGGCUCUGGGGGCAGAACAGAGUCGCUUCUCCACCUACUUCCACGCCCUGAUGGAGGUGUGUCUGGCCGUGGCCGAGGUGACGCUCCCCCUCAACGUCAGCGGCUCCUCAGUGGGAACCCUGUCCUCCACCAGCGCUCCCAACCUCAGCGAUUCGUCCUCGUCCUCGUCAUCGUCCCCGGGCCAGACGCCGCAGAGCCCCAGCCUGCUGUCCAAGCGCAAGAAGGUGAAGAUGAAGCGCGAGAGAGCGGCGGCCGCGGUGGCGGCGGCGGCCGUGUCUGGGAAGCGGGGAAGUGGCGGCGCGAGGCUGUCGGAGAGCGACAGCGCCCUGCUGAACAUGGCCGGGAGCAAACCCGAGGACAUGCUGUGGUUCCACCGCUGCCUCACCCUCCUGAUGAUCCUGCGACAUCUGGCCAAUAAGGACCCGCAGGGGUUAAGCGUCACCAGCGACGCCGUGACGGACGCCUGCCAGGCCCUGGUGGGCCCCACCGCUCACAGCCGCCUGCUGGUGCUCUCAGGGAUCCCCACGCAUUUAGAGGAGGCCGUGGUCCGGAACGCCAUCCGCCGGGCCUGCAAUGCACACGGAGGCCUCUUCAAAGAUGAGGUUUUCAUCCCGCUGCAGGAAGAAGACCCCAAGAAACCCAAAAGCGGAGCGGCGGUUUCAAGCCCCCAGGAUGGCAAAGUGGGCCCCGAGACCGAACGGCCCUUCCCCAACAACGGGGGUCCUGAAAGCCCUGACAGCUCCAGCAGUGUGACUCCAGCGAUGAGCGUGAGCGCUUCGGCCUCCACCAGCCAGACCUCCAUCUGCAGCUCCUCGCAGGGGGUUUCCCGCACUGCCAGCGAUCAGGAGCUGUUAGCCGUCCCACCUCUCACCCCCGCCGCCGCCGCAUCUGCCGUGCCGUACCCCCAGCAGGGCCCCCAAGACCCGCAGACGGUUUCCAGUCAGGAGAGUCUGGACACCUCUCUGUGCAGCACAGGAAGCCUUGGAAGUCUGGGCAGUUUGGGGGAGCCCGUCGAUAGCGCAGAAACACCCUCGGCGUCCGACGGCGGCUCGAUGCACACGGUCACAUCCCAGGAGAGCAACGCCGUCACGGCCCGGCCCAUCAAGGGCUACGCCGUUAUUGAGGUUCGCUCUCGAGCCAAGGUGGAAAAAAUCCGCGCCAGUCUGUUCAACAGCAGUGACCUGAUCGGUCUGUCCAGUCUGGAAGGCGAAGAGGAACUGAUGGAGUUAACCAACGAGGAAAUCCUCACCGCCUCCAGCGUUAACCAGAGCCUGUUUGACACGCAGGGCAGCUCUGCCCUUGAAGACUACUUCCUGGACAAAUCAGUCAAAGGUGACAAGCUCGUGCCUGGCGCUCGAGACGUUCUCACGGAUAUUUUUAAGAGCUGUGUGCACUCGGAGCAGAUGCUCAGUCUCACCCCAGCCAAGCCUGUGAAAGUGUCCGACAUUUACCUCAGCAAGGAGCAGAUCAACUCUCAGACACCAGGAAACUUACUGCACACUUUCUUCACCAACGUUCGACCUCCCAAGAAAGUACUUGAAGACCAGCUUACUCAGAUUCUGAGGAAGUAUGGAACCCCCAAGCCCAACAAGAACAAAUACAGCAAGGCAGGGAAAGAGCAGCAUCAAGGGAAGGUGGUGAGCACCAAGAGGCCCAUCACCAAACCCCCCACCAAGGAGAAGUCUGUGCUCAACAGUGUCAGGACUGCACUGAGUGAGAAGAAAACCGUUUUGAAGCCGAAAUCUCCAGAGAAAUCCAGACCCGAGGAGAAAGAUGUGGAAAAAUCUCCCGCUAAGAAAGCUGAAGUCCCCGAGGAGAAGUACCUGACACUGGAAGGCUUCCAUAAAUUUGCAGUGGACCGUGCCAAGCAGGACAUCCGCAGCGUCUGGAGGGCCAUUCUGGCCUGUGGCUAUGACCUUCACUUUGAAAGGUGUACCUGCAUCGACACUCGCCACGCCCAGAAGGCGUGCAGGAAGUGGAGUCUGGAGAUGGACGUAGCGUUGGUCCAGUACAUCAACAGACUGUGCCGUCACCUGGCCAUCACUCCGGCCCGGCUGCAUCCCCACGAAGUGUACCUGGACCCCAGCGACGCCGCCGACCCCCGCGUGGCCUGCCUGCUCAAUGUGCCGGUGGAGAGCUUGCGCCUGCGCUUCGCUCUGCUGCAGUCCCUCAACAACACCCUGGAGAGUUUCUUCCUGCCACUGGUUGAGCUGAGGCAGACGCACACUUACCAGAACAGCAUCGCAGCGCUGUUAAAUGAGGCCAAAGGUCUCAUCUUCUACGACACGAAGGUGACUGUAAUGAACCGGGUGCUGAACGCCACGGUGCAGAGAACAGCUGACCACGCUGCUCCUGAGAUCACUCUGGACCCUCUGGAGAUCGUCGGAGGGGAGAUCAGAUCAUCGGAGAACACGUACUUCUGCCAGGCGGCUCGUCAGCUGUCCUGUGUGCCGUCGUCACAGCUGUGCGUCAAACUGGCCAGCGGAGGAGACCCGACCUACGCCUUCAACAUCCGCUUCACCGGAGAGGAAGUCCACGGCACAAGUGGCUCUUUCAGACACUUCCUGUGGCAGGUUUGUAAAGAGUUACAGAGUUCAGCACUUUCCCUGCUGCUGCCCUGCCCCAGCGCCGCAGCCAACCGCAAUAAGGGAAAGUACAUCCUGACGCCGUGCCCCAUCAGCUAUGCAGAGGAGCAGCUGCUGCAGUUCUUCGGUCAGCUGCUCGGCAUCGCCAUCCGUGCAGAUGUGCCACUGCCUUUAGAUCUGCUGGGCUCUUUCUGGAAGGGACUGGUGGGCGAGCCCCUGGACUGCGAGCAGGAUCUGCAGGAAGCCGACGUGCUCACCUUCAACUACGUGAAGAAAUUUGAAAACGUGACUGAUGAGGCCGAGUUGGAGGCCCUGUGUGCCGAAAUCUCCUCCCAGCACCAUUCAGGAGAAAGCCCCGACUCCCCGAGCCGGCCCUGCUGCACUUUUACCUACGUCACAAUGACGGGUGAAGAGGUGGAGCUGUGUCAAGGAGGGCGUGGCCUCACUGUCAGCUGGGAGAACAAAGACGUGUAUGCACGGGCGGUGAGGAGCCUCCGCCUGCGGGAGCUGCAGAACGUGGAGUGCAUGACGGCGGUGCGCGCCGGGCUGUCCUCCAUCAUCCCCCUGCAGCUGCUCACCAUGCUCAGCCCUCUGGAGAUCGAACUGCGCACCUGCGGAUUGCCUUACAUUAACCUGGAGUUCCUCAAGGCUCACACAAUGUAUCAAGUCGGUCUGAUGGAGACCGACCAGCACAUCGAGUUCUUCUGGACCGCUCUGGAGAUGUUCACCCAAGAGGAGCUCUGCAAGUUCAUCAAGUUUGCCUGCAACCAGGAGCGCAUCCCCUUCACCUGCCCCUGCAAGGACGGCGGUCCCGACACGGCCCACGUCCCCCCAUACCCCAUGAAGAUCGCCCCUCCCGAUGGAGCUGCAGGCCAGCCGGACUCGCGCUACAUCCGAGUGGAGACCUGCAUGUUCAUGGUGAAGCUGCCGCAGUACACCUCUCUGGACGUGAUGCUGGAGAAGCUGCGCUACGCCAUCCACUACCGAGAGGACCCGCUCAGCGGCUGAGCAGACCCGACGACCGAAACCACCCGGAGCAAAUGUACCCAACACCUCAUCCUUCCUUUGAGCCUUUCCUCCCCUCGCCCGGUCCAACACAGUCCUCUGCUGCACAAACCACAAACUUUCAUUAAACACAUUUUGAGCUGCAUUUUUAGGUUUGUUUCUGUUCAUCCCUUCAUUUUUUUUUUAAGUUUUGCCAGCGCUUCUUGUGUCAUUAUGUUUGACAUUAUGUUUGUUUUGAGUGAAUUCAGGGAAAGAAAAUUUGAAUCAGCACUGAUAUUUGUGGAAAAAGUCUCUGUUCUGGUUGCACUGAAUGGAAGAAACGGCAUUGAGGUGAAACAACUGUGAGACUUUUGUUUUGAUCUCCCUUUUAUUUAUUUCACUGAAGUUCUGUGAAUUUUCCAGCUUAGCAGGAUGUCUGCACUUUAAAGUUGCAAGUUUAAUUCAUGACCGCUGAACACUUGAGCAUCGAACGAGUAACGCGGGCGUCGACAACAGAGUGAAGACGACAGACAGGCUUUUUACUGUCCCGAAGCUUCGCCCGGCUGUCUCCCCUGCGAGGGGCCGAUGCUCUGAACCAUUGCCUUUUUGCUGUCGGAGCCUCCCUCUCCCUUCCUCUCCCUCCUUCGAGGGGCCGAUUUUGAUGCGUGAAGAGAAAAUUUCAGAGAUCUAUCUAUCAGACGCGUGAAGACGGAGGUACGACCUUUACCAGGAAACUCCAAAUGUGUGAUGCUGCCUAUUUUUUUGACGACGUCAGCUGUGAGCAGGCAGGAGAUGUGAACAAGUGCUGUACAGGAUAUUAUGUAGUUUACUGCCUGUUUAAAAAAAAAAGAAAAAGAAAAAAGAACUGCUAAUGGACAAACUAACGUAUGCCUAUAUAAACUGAGUACAUUUUAUUCAAGGCUCAGAUGAGAGCGUAUUUAAGUCCUGUAAAAAGUCAUAUUGAUCUAUUAGUUUAUGAAAUUGCUUUUUGACUUUCUUUUCUAUCCGAGCAGCGGCAGCAGCGUGGUCGGUCGGUCGGUCGGUCGGGUUAGAUGGGACGAUAACCGAGACCUGCCACUUCCAAAAAUACUUGCAUUUUAGGCUUAAGAAGCCUGUGUUGGUGUGACGAAACGGGAGGGAGAUUUCCUGAGCUGCUCUCCCACAUCGUGUGCUACUGCUACUGAAUGUGCAACAAAUCCUCUCCGCCCCCCACCCUAAAAUACACAAUCCACACACACACACACACACACACACACACACACACACACACACACACACACACACACACACACACACAUACACACAGGGGGGAAAGUGGCGGUGGAUUAUUAUAAGUUCUGCCUUUUUCUUUUUAGUUUGUUUUUAAAAAAUAGGAUUUUCCUCUAGGCUUUAUUUUAAUUUUUUUUUAAAUUUUUGCUUUUGUUUACAUCGAUUUCCCCAUAACCAAAUGUUUUAGCUGUGUAAAAAAAAAAAAAUGAAAAAAUGUGUAAAUACAAAAUUAUGUUUGAC